UCUCGCCAUGGCAAUUCAAUGUCCCAAUUUCUCAUCUACUAAACCAAGGCGCCUCCCUAGGAGAAGAACUAGGCCAUCGAAGGCCGCAUUCCGCGCUGCAGUAGCUCAUCUGGAUUUUAUCAAUCGUAGAGCUGGCAAAUUUCUCGUUCCUGCGAUCGUGGAGCUCCAGGAUGACGAAAACAUAAGCCCCGAGGACGAGUACAGAAUGGUGAACGAUGCGGCUCAGUAAGCCCGGUACACUUCAAGUCGUCAUCAUAGUCACUGAUUACAGCACUAGGAGAGCACUGAGGAUGAACAGCGAUCCAACUACUAGAGACCGGAUUGAACGUAGAAAAAUGGGGAAGAGCAAAGUCAUAUCAGAAAUCACUGCACGACAACGGCGUGUUGUCGCAGACUCAGAUGAUGAGGAAGAUGAUACACUAUCAGCUCACUCCUCACCACCCAGUGAGAAUACUGGCAAAGGAAAGCGAUCCGUGAUCCUGCCUCCUGGUAACACAAAGCGACAAAAGGAUGGCUUCCCGUCUAGCGCCGACAGCAAUAACGGCCAGAAUGUCAGGAAGUCAAAGAGGCCACGACAUGACUUGAACGCGGAGCUCGAAGAUCUUGGCAUCGACAUGGAAGGAUGGACUGCAUCUGAAGAUGCGUCUAGGACACUACGGCGGCGAAAAUAGACAUGUAUGGCUCGAAGCGGUACGUCGUUCAGUAAUAGUAGAAGAU